CUCCAUUUUCGAACGAUUGCAAGCAUACCUACCUCUCAGUCACAUUGACACCUCAACCACAGAUACCAGCCCAGAUCACAACUACCUACCACACCCGAUACAACCUACACAUGACAAAGUGCAUUCUGGCCGAGAGCCUGCCGCAAUACCGCGUGAUCAAGGAGCUGUAUCCACAUUUUUACCAUAAGCGAGGACACGCCAACGAGCCAGUGUCCUACGAGAAGCCAGGCCAGGUCAAACUGAGUGCACUCAAAGCCCAAGGCGUGACGAUUGACCACUUGGCCAAGAGCUAUGCGUUUAUGACAGAGUUCCUGUGGCAAGUGGUCGAAGCAUCCACCGACUGCCGGAGCAUUUCCGUUAUCGACGUCGCGGGAAUUGGGUUGUUUUCGUUCGACAGCGAAGCUCUCGAGUAUAUGCGCAAGGUGGCCGCGUAUUCCAAGGAACGGUACCCGAACCGAUGUGGAUACAUCUUCAUCGUGAAUGCGCCGUCGUGGUUUGACCUGAUUUGGCGUGUGGUGCAUACCCUCGUGGACCCGGCCGUUCGCAAGAAGAUCACGAUCGUGAAGGAAUCGGGCGACAUUCUCACAGCUUUGAGCUCUCGAAUUCCAGUGGAGAACAUUCCGGCAGAGUACGGUGGCCUUAGCGUCGGUCAUUCUGACGAAGAGGUGGCGCUGCGGGCACUGGCGGACUUUAAUAACAACGUGGAGGGCGCGAUUCAUCCGUUUGCCAGUGGAAAGUUUACGGCACACUGUGGGUGCGGGUGUCACAAGAACGAACAGACGACGGCUCAGGGGACGAACGACGACGGCUUCACACUGUCGUUGAAUGGCCAAGAUGGCCCUGACCUAGCCGAUACCACACCCCACCCCGCGUCAGAGAAGACAUAAUGAUCAAGACAGUAGACCUUUACACACUUAUGUUUCAAGUGUCUUCCACAACAUUGCCGUAGUAGUUUGUAUUGUCCAAUUCAAAAGUGUAAAACGUCA